AUGUUAUUCUCGAGCUUGUGCCGCGUAUUAAUCGCGGUGACUUCGGUCGCUGCUGUCAGAGUUGAUCCCUUACCAGCCCCUCGCAGCAUUUCUUGGGGCUCGUCUGGUCCCAAAUCGCUCGCGGCCACUCCAGUCUUACGCGUCUCGGGGGAUAAGGAGGGAAUUCUCUCGAAUGCCUGGAAUCGGACUUGGGAUUCAAUUGUGUCUCUCCAAUGGGUCCCCGCUGCGGUGGAAUCACCCAUUUCGUCCUUUGAGUCGUUCCCAACUGCGACGCCGUCGGCCUCUAGCAAGAACAAGCGCUCCAAUCCCCCCCUACAGUGCGUGGAAGUCAAUGUGACAGACACCAAGGCUGAUCUCCAGCAUGGCGUGGAUGAGUCUUACACUCUCACCGUGGAUGGCGCCAGUCGAAUUGCCAUUAAGGCGCAAACUGUUUGGGGUGCGCUGCAUGCUUUCACUACCCUCCAGCAGCUGGUCAUCUCGAAUGGCGAGGGGGGAUUGAUUAUUGAACAGCCAGUUCACAUUGAGGAUUCGCCUCUUUAUCCCUACCGUGGAAUUAUGAUCGAUACUGGGCGCAAUUUCUUGUCUCGGGGCAAAAUCUACGAGCAAAUUGACGGCAUGGCCCUCUCCAAGCUCAAUGUCCUCCACUGGCACAUGGGGGACACGCAGUCGUGGCCUAUACAGAUCGACUCCCACCCGGAGAUGACCCGUGACGCUUAUUCGCCCCGGGAGAUUUACUCGCAUGCGGACAUGCGCAGCAUCGUCGCGUAUGCUCGCGCCCGUGGCGUCCGAGUGAUCCCCGAAAUUGACAUGCCUAGCCAUUCCUCCUCCGGCUGGAAACAGGUUGACCCUGAUAUUGUGACCUGUGUAGACUCGUGGUGGUCGAAUGACAACUGGGCGCUGCACACGGCUGUCGAGCCCAAUCCAGGCCAGCUGGAUAUCAUCAACCCCAAGACGUACGAUAUUGUCCGGGAUGUGUACACUGAGCUCUCGGGUAUUUUCCCUGACAACUGGUUCCAUGUCGGUGGUGACGAAAUUCAGCCCAACUGCUUCAACUUCAGCACUUAUGUUACCGAAUGGUUUGCUGAGGAUUCAUCCCGCACCUAUAACGACCUGCUGCAACACUGGGUUGACCAAGCCGUACCAAUUUUCCGCAGUGUGACCAAAUCCCGCCGUCUAGUGAUGUGGGAGGACGUCGUACUCUCCACCGAGGCGGCGCCUGACGUCCCCAAAGACAUUGUGAUGCAAAGCUGGAACAAUGGGUUGGACAACAUUCAUAAGCUCACGGCUAACGGCUACGACGUGGUUGUGUCCUCGUCUGACUUUUUGUACUUGGAUUGUGGCCACGGAGGGUUCGUCACCAAUGACCCCAGGUAUGAUGUGAUGGCCAACCCGGAUGCAAGCACGCCGAACUUUAACUGGGGAGGCAACGGAGGCUCGUGGUGCGCUCCCUACAAGACCUGGCAGCGCAUCUACGACUACGAUUUCACGCAGAACCUCACCGAUGCGCAGGCCCAGCAUGUCAUCGGUGCUACCGCCCCGCUCUGGUCCGAGCAGGUUGACGAUGUGAACGUCUCUCCCAUGUUCUGGCCUCGUGCUGCAGCUCUUGCCGAGCUGGUGUGGUCUGGCAACCGAGACGCCAAUGGCAAAAAGCGUACUACCCUGAUGACCCAGCGUAUCCUUAACUUCCGCGAGUAUUUGGUUACGAACGGUGUGAUGGCCGCUCCAUUGGUUCCUAAGUACUGUCUGCAGCAUCCACAUGCAUGUGAUCUCUACUAUGACCAGACGGUGGUCAUCCAGUAGAUUUUAACGGGACUAUUUCUUUCUUUUUGAUACAGAUUGUACAUAACUCCCCCACCCAUCCAUAGCAUCAAAAGCCACACACAAUUAUAGAUCAUGAGUCCCGGCGAAGUAGAUAUCCGAGACAUCAUACUGAUAUGGAGAUUUUAACUCCUCUGCAAAGAACUCUCGCGCUCCUUCUGCCCCGGCCCACGAGGACAUGUCCACGGGAUCUUGAUCCGCCCGCAUGGAGAUCUCCCAUAGCGCCCUCGCAUUCCGACACUGAUGCAUAGCGCCGACGCCAUCAACAUGCCAAUACGCUCUCCCGUCCUCGACCACUUUCUUGGUCCUCUCGACGGUAUCAUCCGCAGCACAAAUCAGGGCCUACCGAACAACCGGUUAGCUUCUCCAACACAAUCAACCCAGAAACCACAUCCACAAACAUAAGAGAGAGAGAAAGAGAGAGAGAGAGAGAGGAAUACCUGAGCAAUAUAAUCAAAACAAUGCGCCCAAUGCUCC